AUGCCUGGUAUCCCCCCAUACGAAGACUCCCUCCGACGAAAUCAGUCCUACAGACCACUCGAUCCUCCAUCAACCGAGAAUGGCCCGCGUGUAGCAUACCAAGAGCGACCUCCUGCCCAGGAUCCGAACCUUUACACCGCAACUUAUGAAGGCUCACCACCGAAUAAUAUGGAGCCUCUAGCAUACUUGAGCAUGGAUUUUGAUAUCGUGAAGGCAUCGCCAAUGUUUAUGGAAAUAGUCCACGCGUCGAACCCAUUGGGAAAUAAGCUGAGCGAUAUUGUUACGCCGCAUCAGGCUGCUUUCCUCACCAACCUUCAAAACCAACUGUUUGAGGAACAGCGAACUUUCGAGCCGAAUUACCUGCCACCUAUUCUAGGCAGAUUGGAUAUUGCUAUCAAGGACUAUGGAUUCAUGACCGAAGACGUGUCAAGAUUUCGCCUCAAUCAUCUGGAACAUUUUGGUUUUGUUGGAUACGACGGCUAUACUAGAACAUUCCCUCUCCGCUUUGGGCUUGCAAAAGAGGGAUCAUUCUAUUUUAUUGUGUUUUUAUUGAGCCUGCGAGAGCUUCACCCACAGCUCCCUCCGCCAGGAUCUUCGCACCCGCAUGCGCAACAUUCUCAGCAAUCACAACACGCUCAGCAAUCACAACACGCUCAGCAAUCUCAACAGGCGCAGCAUGCUCAAAAUGUGCAGCGCUCGCAGCGUCUGCAGCGUGCUCGAGAGUCUAGCUCAUCCUAUCAUCGUUCAUCAGUAUCGCACCAAGCGGCUUACGGUGAUCAACCAGCUUCUUCUUCGGCCGAGUCUUACCGACAUCGCCAUAGUGACGGUUCCAUUCGAUCGCCAUAUAAUCCAGCUGUUUCGCACGCUAAUUCCAGCUCGGGAGCCCCAUCUUAUACUCCGCCACAAUACUCUGCGUCAAGUUAUCAGACAUCCCAAAGCGAAUAUAUUCCUGCCAGUCAACCUCAAACUCAGCCCUCUUAUCAGCUGCCUCCAAUUCGUGCGGAGACAGAUCACAGACCCUCUUCUCGAGAAGUCAACUGGUCCAAUGCUGAUCGACCAAGACGGGUUGACAUUGGCGGCUUACUAGAGCAACCCGGCGAUAUCAAUAGGCGUUAG